GAUCGGCGCGCGCCGGUCCGUCAGGCCUGCGGCUGUGACUGGCCUCUGGUGCCGAAAUGAUCGCGAGAAAAUUGUGCGGCGCCCGCCGUCGCCGAGCAGGCCUGGAUCCGUAGCUCGUCGCCCCCCACCCACCCACUCACCCACCGCCGGCAAGCGACAAAAUUUCGCGACCAACAUCGGCGCGCGUCGGUCGUGCCCUGACACACCGCCACUAACCGCCACCAGGGUUGCUGCGGUCGCCGGCGUGCGCCGGCGCGGGCGGUGCUUGUGGUAGUGGGAGCGGUCGCCAGUCGUCGAGAUAAGCCCCGCCCAACCCCCCCGCGCCCGAAACUGACGCCCCGCCCCCGGUAACGCUGUCAUGGGAACCGCGACGGACGCUGACGCCCCCGGUCCGCGCCGAAGGUGAUCUUGGGAUUUGCUUUCCGACGCCGCACUGGCCAGUGCGUUGAAGGCACGAUUAAUUCCGUUGUUGCACCUCACUGGCCUUACUUUGAAGAUGUGUUUUUUUGCGCAUGUAUGGGCACAGCCGGAAGAACAGUGACAGCACGGAGUUCAAGGAGAUGUCCAAGGCGGACGCCCAGGCGCACCUGGCACAGGAGCUUGAGAAGCUCUGCCGCACCGCCAGCGCUGCCGAGCGCGAGACCGUUGAGGCCGAGUUUCGUGGCUUCCAGCGACUCUUUCACAAGUUUGUCAAGGACACCGGGCCGGCUGUCGUCUGGGACAAAAUCCAGCCCGUGCCCGAAAAUGCGGUCAUCAAGUACGAGACACUACCAGCGCCAACGGAGGAGGAGGCCAUCCGGUCUAUGCUCAACAAGCUGGUGGUGGUGAAACUGAACGGUGGCCUCGGCACAAGCAUGGGCUGCAAGGGCCCGAAGUCUGUGAUCCCCGUCCGCAAUGACCUCACCUUCCUCGACAUGACUGUGCAGCAGAUUGAGUACCUGAACAGGACAUACAACGCCAACAUGCCGCUGGUGCUCAUGAACUCGUUCAACACUGAUGACGACACGUCCAAGGUUCUCCGCAAGUACAAGGGUUUCAAGAUCAAAAUAUACACCUUCCUCCAAAGCAGAUAUCCAAGGAUAAACAAGGAGACCCUCAUGCCAAUUGUGACCUCACUGAGCUCACCAUCGGAAGACGCCUUCUAUCCGCCGGGCCACGGGGACUUCUACGCGUCAUUCUGCCAGUCGGGGCUCAUGGACCACUUCCUGUCGGAAGGUCGCGAGUACUGCUUCAUCUCCAACAUUGACAACCUCGGCGCCACAGUUGACCUCAGCAUCCUGAACAUGCUGCUUUCUGCAAGUGGCAGUCAGGCGCCAGACUUUGUCAUGGAAGUCACCGACAAGACAAGAGCCGACGUCAAGGGUGGCACACUCAUUCAGUACGAAAACAAGCUUCGUCUGCUGGAAAUUGCGCAGGUUCCUAAGGAAAACGUUGAUGAAUUCAAGAGUGUAAAGAAAUUCAAGAUCUUCAACACGAACAAUCUCUGGAUGAAGCUGAGCAGUGUUGGCCAGUUGGUGGAGAGCGGUGGCAUCGACAUGGAGGUCAUCAUCAACAACAAGACUUUGGAUUCGGGCAUCAACAUCAUUCAGCUUGAGACGGCAGCUGGAGCAGCUAUGAAGGACUUCCAGAACGCCAUUGGCAUCAACGUGCCGCGCAGUCGUUUCCUCCCGGUGAAGAAGACCUCUGACCUGCUGCUGGUGAUGAGCAACCUAUAUCACAUGAAGUUUGGCACUCUGGUCAUGAGCCCCAAGCGUGCCUUCCCAACCGUGCCCCUCAUCAAGCUGGGCGACAACCACUUCUCCAAGGUGCGCGAUUUCCUGAACCGGUUUGCGAGCAUACCGGACAUUUUGGAACUGGACCACCUGACGGUGUCCGGCGACGUCACUUUUGGCAAGGGUGUUUCCCUCAGGGGCACAGUAAUCAUCAUAGCCAACCAUGGUGACCGGAUCGAUAUACCAGCGUCAGCCGUGCUCGAAAACAAGAUUGUGUCUGGCAACCUGCGCAUCCUGGACCACUAGGCUGGUUGGAGAUGCUUGGAGAACUCUUGAAACCCUGCAGUUACCAUGUUGUGCCCAUCUGGUGACCUCUCUACUUGGCUGUGCUGUGACACUUGCUCUCUCCUGUUGUGAAUUGUUUAUCUGGUUUAUACAGUGAUGCCCUUAUCUGUUUUUUUGUCACCCGCUCUAUAGUUGCGUGUCUCCCAAGCUUUUUCACGGAGAUUUAAUGCUGGCAAACCAGUGCAGGAAAUGCAAGAAAUGCUAGAGCAUAAGCCGUGCACAGAAGCCGUGCCCGUAUUAUGUGACAAAUGCUGACCUAGCCUCAGAGCGAUCUAGGUAAUGUCGUAACGGCAUUUAAGGUGAACCAAAGGCAAAUGUGUAAUUGAACAGGUAGCAAUUGAGUGUUGUACAAGCUUGUUUUCAGUACAUCUCCACGGCAGAUGUCAUGGUCAUAUCAUGGUUCAUUGUGAUGUGGUCGUGACAUAUCUGCGUCAUGAUCGUGACGUAAGCAUGCCACGGUUGUGGUCACGUCACGGUCAUGAUGCACUGUGACUGCUUACUGCACGGUCGUGUCACAUUUCACUGUGGCAGUCCUUGCAGACAUCUCAAAGGUGCUGUACAGUCUUGCCGUGCAACAAAAUUCUCGCAUAGAUAUUUUUGGCUCCUUGACACAUGCUGCUACUGUGUUGCGUGUAAGUGCUUUCACAGACGUUCGUCUGCAUGUAUGAAUGUUAUUGAUACUAGUUGACGUGAUUGCUACAGGGCGCUGUUCACCUGCUGCAUUGCUUGUGAAGGCAUUACAUCUCAAGUGGUAUUGACCAUCCAUUUUCCUGUAGCUUCCGCACUUGUUCACGUGCAUUUAAGACUGUUGUCACCCUGAAUUUUACUCAUUGUGCCAUUCCUAUAGCUAGAACUCCUAGUCUGAGCCAAGUUAACAGAAAAGAAUGGUGGUUAUGUUGUCAGUCAGUUUCAUUCAGCAGUUUUCAGGAUGCCAUAUUUUAAGGGGCAUUCACAUGUGAGCUUAUUUGACAUCUCAAAAUUGAGCUCACGUCUGUGCCAUAGACGAAUGAAAAAGUUGGUUCUCUGAAAAAAAAAAAAGAUUUCGUUACAGGAGUGAACUUAUUGCAUACACCUUGUGCCAUUUCUUUCAACGACGCUGUAAGCCUUUGAUUUGUGAUAAGUCAUUGAGUCAGCAACAAGUCUAAUCAUUUUUUCUUUCACAUUUUAAGCAACUUGAAAAUCAUAAGUCUGCCUUUGUACACCUACCAGCAGACUUUGUGUUAUUGAUCUUUGUUACAGAAGUGAUGCCAGGGUUGACUACUGAUGGAACUCUCAUUUAUAUGAAAUCAAUGAAUUCUUACGUUCUUUGUUUACUAUUACUAUUUGGCUGUAGUUCCUUUUCAGCUGUGUGGGUUUAUUUAUAUGGGAAACGUGGGAUAUGUUGUACGCUAUCUUUUGUUAAUGGUUUUCGGGGAAGGGAUGAGUUGUAAGAAAAGUUUACUUAUUAUGCGUGAUUACACGCACAUCUGGUGUUGGCGCCAGGUUGAUGGGAUCCUGGUUAACUCGGAGCAGCAUUAUUUUACAAUUUUCAUGUUUAGCUGUGCGAGUGUUUUAGCGGAUGUUGCCAACAGAAAGGGAUGCAUAGCAAUCCACCAGCUGCAUUGUCAUCGAAGAUGUCUAUGGACUGCAGUUAUGUACAAAGUAGGAAGUUUUGUCUUAGGUCGUGAAAUAAAUUAUUCUUGAAUUCCA